UUGAUUGCCGGUCCUCGAACUGGACUGACCGAACUCCCUGGUGGGGCCACAAAUGUUCUGAGCCUACCUAUGACGAAUCGUGCUUCCUGUCAGCCUGAUGGACCCCGAGAUACGCUGUCUGUAUUGAUAUGUCUCAAUCUGGCCUUGGUACACAUCCGAAAGGGAAAUACGACUGAGUGUGAGGCCUUACUAAACGAAGUGUUCACUUCUGGUAUUCACAUCCUGGAUGGCUGUUAUUGUCUUCGAGCCGCCGCAUCUUAUGUGCGUGCAUUCCAAGCGUUCUACGAGAAUCGCCUAUCGGAUGCGAAGGCUCAUCUGCGUGAAACUGUCCGAUUAGGGAAGGAAGAAGAACUGCAUCGGCUGUCCGCAUCCGCGUUUGUCACAAUGGGCCAGAUUCACUUGAACGAAGGAAACACAUCGGAAGGACAUAAAAUGACCAGUGCGGCAAUCCACGUGGCUAAUCGAUUACCUGACAUUGGUAUCCAGUUAUGGGCCAGUGCGUUGCUCAAAGGAGUCGCAAAUUUGCGCGGUGACACGGAGGAAGAGACCCGGUGGUUUUCCGAGCACGAUCGUUUCUCCAAACUGGUCAUUGACGAGCACAUGCGUGCUAUCUCCGCUCCCGAACAUCAACUCAUAGAGGUGGAUUAUCGAAGAAGAUCAAGUGGUAUUGAUGAUGCAGCUUUGUACCGCGUUUCCAAGGUUCUUCCCGGUUUCAUCCAGGAAACUGACUGGGAGAACAUCGCAAAGAAAAAGAAAAAAGAACUUGCUCCGUAA